ACACAGCCAUGUUGAAAUUUUGAUGGAGCCCCUAUAUUUUUAGGUUAUAUUUUAGUUUUGGUAAAUUGUUUUUAAAGUUAAAAUAAUGGCAAAGAGCCACAAAACUAAAAAACAUUUAAAAUCAGAGAAGUCCAAAACGAAGUUAAAGGGUAGGGACUCCGAUAAAACAAAAUUUCUGCCAAAGGGGGCCAAUGUCACCAAUGUGAAUUUUAAAAUAAAACAAAUAGUGGUUCCUGAACAAUUAAAAACGCAUGGCGAAGAUGAAAUUGUCAGUAAAAGAAAACUGAACAUAAAGGAUUUGCUAUCAAGACUGAAGCAUUAUAACACUAAUAUUAAGUCUGAUGCCCUGCAAGACUUGAUAGAAGUGUUUAGUUCUUACAAAGAGGAACCAGUUUCUCUAGUUAUAAAAAGUUACAUUUCACAAAUAUUGCAAAACACUUGCAGUUUAAUUCUUGAUAAAGAAAAAAAUGUAAGGCAAAAGGCAAUAAAAUUCAUUUCACUAAUUCUGUCAACUGUUGAAAAAGAAAAAAUAUUUCCCUUUUCUAAUAUAAUUUUGUCACAUUUAAAGUGUGCCAUGACAGAUAUUAACAAGAGUAUACAGGGCGAUUCUCUUUUGUUAUUAGACAGUUUAGUUACCGAUUUUCCUCAAGUUGUUACCGAAUAUUCCGAACAAAUUUUGCCCAUAUUUUUUAUUCUCAUAUCAAAUGUACAGAGUAACUUAAGCAGUACCAAAACACUUCAAUUAAAUUUGCAAGGUACCUCAACUAGUACCAAAUGGAGACUGCAGGUUCUCAAUAGACUCCAGAAAAUUUUAAUUGUUAUUGUUAGGAAUAAAAUUGACAACAAAAAGUAAGAACCAAUCGCUUUUAUUAUUAUUAACAAAUGAAUACGUAGAUGCAAUUUGUUUUCCCUUAGUUUUACAACAAUGACGCGGGUUUCAAUGGCUCCCGACGCCAUGUUGCUCUCUACGUGACGUCACGUAAGAGGGGAAAACAAUUACGAGCAUUUUUCCCUUGGUUGUACAACAAUCACGCGGGUUUCAAAUGUCUCCC